AUGAUUUCUUAUGAAACCUUGACCAUCCUGUUGGGGUCUUUCUUGACGGGAUUUCUUGUUGCAAAAUCGUAUGAUUUGCUCCGAGGCCCUACUGCUGUGGUCAUCAAGCCAGAAGAUACAAAACAAGAAGAGGAAGAAAACGAAGAUGAAGAAUGGGAAGAUGUUGAAGAUGAAGACGCUUCCGAUGAUGAUGAUGAAGAAGAAGAUUCCGAUCCAAAGAAAAUGACCUUGUUGGUAAGAUGUGAUCUUAAUAUGGGUAAAGGAAAAAUGUGUGCACAAUGUGGACAUGCAAGUCUUGGAGCUCAUCGAUCCAUACACCACAAAGUUAAGAAAAAUCCAAACAAUGAACAAUACAAAGAACAGUUGAGAUGGUUGAACAAGUGGCAUCAUUUCGGAGCUGCUAAGGUUGCACUUAAAGUUGACGCCAAUCAAAUGAAACAAUAUGAAAACGAAGCCAAAAAGAGAGGACUUCCAACAUAUCGAGUGUUAGAUGCAGGAAAAACACAAGUAGAACCAGGUACAGCAACUGUUGUCGCAAUUGGACCAUGUCCUGCAAGAUUAUUAGAAUUUACAAAAGAUUUAAAGCUGCUAUAG